UCCUUAAGAGUAAUUAAGGCGCGUGUAUAUAAAUGUAUGUCCGGUAGAAAUGAAUGUUGUGUUUUAUCAUCACCUCCCAAGUCCCAUCUGGUUAUUGUUUUACUAGUUUCAUCUCCGUCUCCAUCUCAUCUCCCGAGGCAAAAUUAAAUGACUUUUUACUAACCUCACCUCAAUCCCUUUGCUUCUACCCGCUUUUUCCAUCGGGUCUCUUCGUCUUCUGCCUCAGAUCUUGCUAAAGCUAUCAUUAAUUUACCAAAAUAAAGGCGUAAUCUUUAUAUUAUCUAUCAUCAGUUGGCAGCCCCCGCUUCUUCUGGAUCAACAUUCUUUUUGAGGCGAUUAAAAAUUCUGAAAUGCAGCCAAGUCUCCCAAAAUUUACUAUCAAGAUAAAAGGAGAACGAAAUGAUUCAGAGCCUCUUAUGCCUAGCAGCUUAAGUGGUCAAGCGGUCAUCAGUGGCACCACAGCAAGUGUUCUCCAUAAUUGCAAGAGAGAGGAAGGGAUUGACAUCAAUACUCCAGCUUCUCAAGAUCAGCAGGAAAACAAUCUUCCGAGACCUGAAAAAGCCAAUUCAUUGGAAAAAGAAAGGGAUAAUAGCUCAAAUAUUGAUGAUGACGACGAUGAUCAAGAUUGCAACAAUGCUCAGAAUCAGCUAGUUCUUUACAAUCCUCCUGAUGCUGUUUCUGAUGACGUUGAAUUUAGUCCUGAUGCGGUACCUAUUAACUUUAUGAAUCCCUCUCAACCAUCCCAACUAUACUCCUUACAGAAUUCCGUUUCCAGAAAUUUGCCAUCGGUGGGAGCUUUUACGGUUCAGUGUGCAAAAUGUUUUAAAUGGAGGCUUAUUCCGUCAAAGGAGAAAUACGAGGAAAUUCGUGAACACAUCUUGGAGCAGCCAUUUGUAUGUGAAGCAGCUCGCGAGUGGCGUCCUGAGAUAUCAUGCGAUGAUGACCCUGAUAUUCGGCAGGAUGGCAGCAGGCUAUGGGCAAUCGACAGGCCUAACAUUGCCCAAGCCCCUCUGGGGUGGGAACGGCUUCUAAGGAUUAGGGGUUUCGGAGGAACCAAAUUUGCUGAUGUGUAUUAUGUCACACCAUCAGGAAAGAGGCUUCGAUCCAUGGUUGAAGUUCAAAGGUACUUGCUUGAACAUCCAGACGAGGCGGAAGGAGUGGCCAUGUCUCAAUUUUCUUUUCAAAUUCCAAGGCCUUUACAGGAAAACUACGUGAAAAAGAGAACGCCUCGUAUUGCUUUUCCUGAUGGGGGUACUUCGGGGACUCCCGGAUCUUCUCAAGCGAGGCCAUUAACAUGGGUACGUCCAGAAGCAAAUACAGACUUGCAGCUCGGAAUGCUAGACUAUGGUUCUCCUUAUCAGAUCCCUGAAGCUGUAGAUCGUCCAGGAGCCAGUUAUCAAGCCCCUCUUCAUGAACCUGGAGAUCGGCCAGCCAAGAGAUUGAAGCAACCAAGUGGACAGAUGUACAAUGGUGGUUACACAUAUAUGAACCUCCAGCAAGAUGAAGGGAGAAGAACCUAGGCAGGGUUUAGGACUUGUUUAUCCCAGCUGUUAAUAGUGCAGUAUGUUUAGUACAACAGUUCUUCUAUCAGGCCUUGUGUUGCAAAAACUAAGCUAAAUUUUCACAUAUGGGAACCUAAAGAAUCUCAUGGUUUUUUAAUUUUUCAAGAAGGAAAUUUAGGGAAAAUGGUUUAAGCUGGUUUGCUUUUACGGGUAGAGAAACUGUUGUUUGGGAAAAUAUAUCAGUGAAAAUGUACGUGGAUUUGGUUAAAUUCUGUUUACGUUUUUUGUUGAUAAACAGAGUCUUCAUGUGCUUUACUAAGAACAAUAUUGUCAAAUACAGAUUGUAAUUAUUUUCAAUGAUAUUCUUUUUUAAAAGUUA